AACUUGAUGCCAGUUGCCACAGACGAGGAGUUUGAGACAAAGUCAAGAAACAGAGAAAGACAGCACCUUCUACAUAGUCAUAUACGAACUAACAAACCUGUCUAUCUGUCACUCUGUCUUUUUUCUUUCUUCUCUGAUUAAUCAUUCUUUUUGUUCUUGUUAUUGUUCUUGUGUUUUUCUUCAUCCAAAGUUUGUUAUAGUUUCUUGUAAUCUAUGACUGAGAAUUGGAAUUGCUUAACUCUUGAUUUGAUCAUCUUCAAUGUAACUCUAGCUUGCAUAGAUGGAGUUCUUGCCAUCAUUGCAUUUGCUCAGGUCCUCCGGAUUCACUUGCGAAGUCAACAAAAUGGUUGGACACGGCAAAAAGUACUUCAUAUCAUGAUUGGAACUUCCAACUUAGGGUACUGUAUCUAUUUCACAAGUACUGUUUUUGCUACUUGUAAUGGGUGGUAUUGUUGGUCCGGUGUUUGCGGUUUUAUUCUUAUGGCGGCUCCCAAAGUCAUGUUUUUAGCAGCGUUUCUACUCCUGCUAUCGUUCUGGGUCGACCUUUGCCAUCAGGAAAAUGAAGAAGAAUUGGACGAUGAGGAUAAUGUCGAGAAUAGGACCUUGUUGGAAGGUGUGAUGAGGGAACAACAGCAUGGUUCAGCUCCGAAAAAAGUCCACCGUAGGUGCUGCUCAAUCCAAGGGAUUCACAUUGGUAGCCGACAGAAAUAUGUCAUAAUGAUUGUGCUUCUGAUGUUUGCUGUGAUGAUGGCAUUUGCUAUACUGAUUUGCGUUGGAGAUGUCACGAAUCCGAUAGAUCCGUCAAUUGUAGCUCGGGUAUAUGAAACAUUUCUUGCAAUAAUGAUACUUAUAUUGGCUGGAGCAUUGGGCUGUUAUGGUCUUCUUCUAUUCUUCAAAUUAAGGAAAGUACGAUCUGAAAACGCUUCAUCAGAAAUGUGGAAGGUUAUCAGUUUAGCUAUUAUUUCUAUUGCAUGUUUUUCAGCAAGUGCAUUAGUAGCUCUCAACACAGAUAUACCUCUUUUCUAUCAUUGGCAUUUAAAGUUCAUAUAUGGAGUUAAAGCUUUUGUUUUCUUGAUCCUUUAUUAUUUUAUAGGUUCUUCUUUGCCGUCAGCUUAUUUGUUAUGGAUAAUUAGAGAAAUGCCACCUCUAGUCACAGAUGGUAUACAGGAAGAACCAAGAGGAACAUAUACAUUCAUCAGCCACACCGACGAGACAUCCAGCUCAAAUCAUCCUUCGUCGUGGACUACUGCUACAAGUUCAACGAAUCAGAUCUCGAGAGCAAGUCCGAUAUGAGUGAACUUUGUUACGGAUUGAGCUCCUUAUACUCCAUCCGAUGAACAAAUAUUCUAAUGACACGUCCCGAGUACACGAUGAAUUGUGACUUCUGACGAGUGACAGAGCAUUUUAUCAAGUGUCUAUUAGUUAGCUUCCUUCCUUCCAACAUGCAUCGGUGUAUAUGAUGUCUAUAGUUGCAAUUUGUGAUAAUCUCUUUGUAAAAGCUCCUAUGAUGCUAUGCAUGGCUUCUACAUUGUACAUAUAUACGAAUGUGAUCAAAGAUUGUAAUAUAAUAGUGAUGAACUUGGGUGCACAAACAAGAGUUCUGCAGCUGGUUGGUAAAAUGAUACCCUCUUCUUGUCCAUGAUUUAGCAAACAUAAGCCAAAUAUCAUGUUUUGUACAUUAGUUAAAAAAAUUAAUGAGUUAUUACUUCUCAUCAA